GCGCGCGCCGCCUGCCCGCUGUCAGGGGACAGACAGAGAGAGAGAGAGGGACAGACGCAGAGCUUUCUACUGAAAUGCUUCUGAUUGGAACUUCUAAAUAACCCACAGUAAGACUUCCAGUGUACGAAAAUGUCGGAUAAAAGUGAUUUAAAAGCGGAGUUGGAGCGUAAAAAGCAACGCUUGGCUCAGAUACGAGAAGAGAAAAAAAGGAAAGAGGAAGAAAGAAAAAGGAAAGAGACCGAGAUGCAGCAGAAAAAAGAGCCCCCCCCUGAGGAUUCUGACCUUGACCGCAAGCGAAGAGAGACUGAGGCUUUACUGCAGAGCAUUGGCAUAGCACCAGAGCCACCACUAGUGCAGCCGCUGCGAUUAGUAACAUGGGAUGCCUGUUAUUUUCAUUAUUUAGUCCCAACCCCUAUGUCUCCCUCUUCGAAAUCAGUGAGCACACCCAGUGAAGCCGGCAGCCAGGAUUCUGGAGAUUGCGGACAAGGUGGAAGAACACUACAGUGGGACACUGAUCCUUCAGUGCUUCAGCUCCAGUCUGACUCUGAUCUUGGCCGUCGCUUGCCUAAACUUGCAAUUUCGAAAAUUACUCAAGUUGACUUCUUACCAAGAGAAGUAGUGUCGUACUGCAAAGAGACUCAAACACCUGUCGCUCACCAGCAAGAAGAGGAUGAAGAAGAUGAAAUUCCCGAACUCAAUCUGGGACCUGAAUCUGAGCUGGAAAGCCAGGAUCAGAAAACUGAAUCAAAAGAAGCUCCUCCUCGUGAACUCUCUGAAGAGGAAAAGCAGCAAAUUCUUCAUUCAGAGGAAUUUCUAAUCUUCUUUGACCAUAACAUACGUCUCAUAGAGCGUGCUCUUGCUGAAGAUUCUGGCCUCUUUUUUGACUAUGGCGGCAAGCAGCUGGAUGAAAAAGAAGGAGAUUUCCAAGCUGGAGUAAAUCUUUCUUUCAACCGUCAGUUUUAUGACGAGCAUUGGUCAAAACAUCGUGUGGUGACCUGCUUGGACUGGUCCCUUCAGUAUCCCGAGCUGUUGGUUGCUUCCUAUAGCAACAAUGAAGAUGCCCCACAUGAGCCGGAUGGGGUGGCUCUUGUUUGGAAUAUGAAGUUUAAGAAAAACACUCCAGAAUACAUAUUUCAUUGCCAGUCUCCUGUAAUGUCGGUGUGCUUUGCCCGAUUUCACCCCAAUUUGGUAGUUGGUGGUACAUAUUCUGGACAGAUUGCUCUUUGGGACAACCGCAGCCACAGACGGACCCCAGUUCAGCGAACCCCUCUCUCUGCUGCUGCUCACACUCAUCCUGUGUACUGUGUGAACGUUGUUGGAACUCAAAAUGCUCACAAUCUAAUCACUGUUUCCACUGAUGGAAAGAUGUGUUCCUGGAGCCUGGAUAUGCUGACUCAACCACAAGAAAGUAUGGAGCUGGUUUACAACAAGUCGAAGGCUGUGGCAGUCACAGGCAUGGCCUUCCCAACAGGAGAUGUCAACAAUUUUGUUGUUGGCAGUGAAGAGGGUAUAGUUUAUACUGCAUGUCGACAUGGCAGUAAGGCUGGUAUUGGCGAAAUGUUUGAAGGUCACCAGGGUCCGGUGACUGGUAUCAAUUGUCAUAUGGCUGUGGGGCAGAUCGAUUUUUCCCAUCUCUUUGUCACCUCUUCAUUCGACUGGACUGUGAAAUUGUGGACUACAAAGCACAACAAGCCUCUCUACUCCUUUGAAGACAAUGCAGACUAUGUCUACGACGUCAUGUGGUCACCAGUGCAUCCUGCACUGUUUGCCUGUGUGGAUGGGAUGGGACGAUUAGACCUCUGGAACCUCAAUAAUGACACUGAGGUACCGACAGCUAGUGCAACUAUUGAGGGUACAUCUGCACUGAAUAGGGUGAGAUGGGCACAGACUGGACGAGAAGUGUCAGUAGGAGACUCAGAAGGACACGUAUGGGUUUAUGACGUCGGAGAGCAACUGGCGAUGCCUCACAGUGACGAAUGGGCCCGUUUUGCUCGGACCCUGGUGGAAAUCCGGGCGAACCGUGCAGAUGCUGAGGAGGAAACUGGAGUAGAGGUGAUUGCACAGCUGUAAGACAUUAUCUACACCCGAGUUGCCAGGCCAACAAUGCCAUACCAAGAUAUGCCAGUGUUAAAGUGCCAUUUAUGCUGAAAAGCUGCUGUUGCUAGUGUUACCAUUUCACAUUUCUCUAAUAUAUGGGAAACAAUGUAAGGUCCACCUUGACUUCAGGAUUUACAGUUCAAAACCAGUACGGCGUUACAGAACUAUCUGCUGGAUUCUGUGAUAUUGAAUUGAAAUCUGAAACACUGUAGUUGCAUAUUUGCUGAUGCCUUUUACCUAGUUAGUAGCUGUAUUUAAUGACUGGAAGUUCAUAGUUAAACUUGUUUGCAUGCAUUUAUGCCAUAGUUCUAUUAAACCCAUAUGAGGUCAGAUAUGAUGAUGUGCAGAUGUGGUGAGCUACACUGUACAAAACUGAGCCAAGAACUUCAGAUGUGGUGGUUUCACACUGGUAACUUACAUUAUGAAUGGUUGUACUGUAUGAGCAUUGCUGCUCCAUAUUUAUUCAACUACUGCAUGGAACAUACUUAUUAGAGAGUGUUAAAAUAAACGACCCAAGAAUAUGCACAUAA